CCGCCUGUUUCCAAACCCCAUCAUUCCCUGCGAUACCCCGGGCGCGCGAGCUCAGCAGAUGUAGCGCGCACACCACGUUCCAUUUCAGAAAACGAUACUUAAAACAGAGAGAAAAAUAACAUUAGAAUUGGUUUACCCAGUCCACGAAGUCUUCAAAGUUUUGGCAGUUUUUGGUUUCACUCCAAACGAAGGUGAAGACGUAGGCUAGAGGAGGAGAAGAGAAGUCGCGUACCCUCGGCUCUAAUCUCUCAAGGAUGGAUCACUCCACUUGGUACUGUCAAGGUCGUCUGGAGCGAUUCUCUAACUGACACUAUUCAUGGCAGUUGAUUUCAUGUGCUCCGUCAGUUUCUUGACUGUCUGAAAAACAACACGUAGAAAAGUAGAGUAUCAUGCCUCGGAGUCCUACAUCCAGUGAGGAGGAGAUGGCCCAGAGUUUCUCUGACGGCUCUGGAGGUUUUGAGACAGACAGCUCAAAGGAGGAGCCUGGCCAUGGAGGACCUGGAGGGGAAAGGGCUAGCAGGAGGACAGACAGGAGGGCAGAGAGGGACAGGGCUGCCCGUAGGGAGUCACUGGAAUUCUGUGUGGUUAUCCCUGACCUGCAGCAGUCUAAGUGUAUGAGGUUUAAGCCCGAGGCCACAGUGUGGGUUGCUAAGCAGCAGAUCCUGUGUACACUGACCCAGACUUUGAGGGACGUGCUGAACUACGGCCUCUUCCAGCCUGCUGUUGAGGGCCGAGAGUCCGGCUUCCUGGAUGAGGAGUGUCCCCUUAAAGACUACCCCACUCCCACCAACACUAAGGGGAUCCCCACUCUGGAGUUCCGUUACAAGAGCCGGGUCUAUCAACAGCCCAAUGUGAACGAGAAGCAGAUCGCCAAAAUCCACACGCAGGCCAACUACAGGAAAUUAAUGGAUCACAUUCAGCAUCACCAGCUGGAUAAACUUGCAAAAAUGCUGGAGAAAGGCCUCGAUCCCAACUACCACGACCCAGACACUGGUGAAACUCCACUGACCUUCGCAGCCCACCUGGACAAUGUGGCGCAGGUCAUCGUGGUACUGAAAAACGGGGGAGCACAUCUUGACUUCAGAUCACAAGAUGGGAUGACCGCUCUCCACAAAGCAGUCAGGGCAAAGAAUCAGGUCACACUGAAGGCUCUACUGGAACUAGGCGCCUCCCCAGACUACAAGGACAGCCAAAGUCUGACCCCCCUGUACCACACAGUCCUGGUUGGAGGAGACUCAGGUUGCUGUGAGCUCCUGCUGAGGGCGCGAGCCACCGUCUCCUGCCACGACGAGAAUGGCUGGCACGAGAUACACCAGGCGUGUAGAUAUGGACAUGUCCACCACCUGGAGCAGCUGUUGUUCUAUGGAGCAGAUAUGGGUGUCAUGAACGCCUCGGGAAACACGGCUCUACACAUCUGUGCUCUAUACAAAGAGGAACACUGUGCCAGAGUACUGCUUGUUCGUGGUGCCAACAAGGAAGUGAAGAACUACAGAAGCCAGACACCAUUCCAGGUGGCCAUCAUCGCAGGAAACUUUGAAUUGGCAGAAUUAAUCAAGAACCAUAAAGAGACUGAUAUCGUGCCUUUCAAGGAGGCGCCGGCCCAACCCACCCGACGCCAGCAGGCCCCACGGAGUACACUAGCUGCUCCACGGUCUGUGCUCCUACGCUCCAACAGCGACAACAACCUGAACGUGAACAACCGGUCACCCCUGGCCUCGCCGAGCCACUCUCCCCUUCGUAGCUUGUCACCCCGUCGGCCCCAGCAGCAGCAGAUGCCCAGUCCCAAUGGAACAGUCAGGACCAUGGGGAAGGGGGCUACCCGCCCUCCCCGUUCACGCUCGCCCUCCCUGGGGCGCCUGGGGGAGGAGACACCCAGACAGGUCCCCCAGCGCCAGCCCAGCCCACACAGGGGUCAGGAAGAGUUCACUGGUGGCACAGACCGCCAGGGGCCCCAGUGUAAGCUGUACAGUGCUGUGGCAGGGAAGCACUUUGUGGUGACUAAGUCCUACCAGCCACAGGCCGAAGGGGAGAUCACCCUGUACCAGAACGACAGGGUCAAAGUGCUCUCCAUAGGUGAGGGUGGUUUCUGGGAGGGCAGUGCCAGGGGUAACGUGGGAUGGUUCCCAGCAGAGUGUGUGGAGGAGACCCCUAACCAAGAGGAAAGACCAUAUGCCCGAGCAGACAGGGCUGAGAGGAGGAAGCUCUUCAGGCACUACACCGUGGGGUCCUACGACAGCUUUGAUGCAUCAAGCAACUGUGUUAUUGACGAGAAGACGGUAGUUCUACAGAAGAAGGAUAAUGAGGGAUUCGGGUUUGUGCUGCGAGGGGCGAAAGCGGACACGCCCAUCGAGGAGUUCACCCCUACACCCGCCUUCCCCGCCCUGCAGUACCUGGAGUCUGUGGACGAGGGCGGGGUUGCAUGGCGGGCGGGGCUUCGCAACGGAGACUUCCUCAUCGAGGUGAACCAGGAAAAUGUUGUGAAGGUGGGCCACAAACAGGUGGUCAAUACGAUCCGACACGGGGGCAACCGGCUCAUCAUCAAAGUGGUGACAGUUAGCAGGAAUCUGGACCCUGAUGACACGGCCAGGAAGAAAGUGGCCACACCUCCACGCAGGACUCCUCCCACUGCCCUGUCCAUGGCCAUGCGCUCCAAAUCCAUGACCUCAGAGCUGGAGGAGCUAGCCACUUUGAGGAAAAAGAUGGGUGAUGAUCACUCUUCAGAUAAUGAGCGUCUAAAGAAGAGGAUUGUAUUCUCAGUCACUCUAAAUAAAGUGGAAGAGAACAUGCCUCCUCAGAAGCCCAUGUGGGACAACUCUAACACUGACAUAAGGGUCGCAAACACGGUCAAAACACGGCCCAACAGCAGGUGCUUGGCCAUGAACCCAGAGAUGAACUCCAUGUGUGAGAGCCAGGAUGUGUCGAUGCAGACCCAGACCCAGCCCAGAGAGCCAGGCAGCCCCAGAGGUCGAGGCCCCUUCCUGGGGGUGCCAAACAGACAGGGGACCAUGAGACGACAAAAGUCCAUAGGAACAUCUGGAAUAACAGAAGAGGACACCCCUCAGUUCCUGACCCCUCCCAUGUUGAAAUUCACCAGGAGCCUAUCAAUGCCGGACACAUCAGAGGACAUCCCACCCCCGCCCGCUAUCUCCCCUCCAUCUCCUCCUUACAACAACGACCCCAACCCCCAGGGCAGAGGCUACGGCACUAUCAGACACACUGUUCCCAAAGGCACCGCCCCUGAGCGAGGUGGGGACCCCAACACGGGCGGCAGGGACGGAUGGAGGGAACAGGGGGGUAUGUACUGCACAGAGCCCCAGUCGGAACAGUAUCAGUCUGAAGACCACCACCACCACCAGGGUAGCCAGAGUCCAGGCCAAGGCCUCACAGCCCAACAGAGCUUCCUGAACCGCAGGGCCCAGAUCCCAGAGAACCCAUACUCAGACCUGGGGAAAAUGGGCAACCUGGGCCUGUUUGCCCCCAACAAACCUCAGAGGAGGAAGGGCAUGCUGAUGAAGCAGAACAAGAUUGAGGACAGCCCAGAGAAGACCUGCACCAUCAAAAUCCCAACCAUCAUCAUCAAGGAACCCUCUACAUCUAGCAGUGGGAAGAGCAGCCAGGGCAGCAGCAUGGAGAUAGAGACCGGAUCCCAUGACCACUCAGGACAACUCUGUCCGGACGACGGACACAACCCCAGCAGUCCCUUUGCCACAGCCAUGGCAGGCGCAGUGCGAGAACGUGAGAUGAGGAUGGUGGAUUCUCACCAGAACUCCCCAUCCUACAGGUUCACCGACCAGGGUGAAGAAGACUCGCCUCCCGCGCCUGCGCCUCGCCUCCGCCACUCCAAGUCCAUCGACGAGGGAAUGUUCAGUAGUGACGAGCGCCUGCGUCGCCUCAUGGCCCCACCUGCCUCACUACUCAGCAUCCCCAGAAGAGGGGGUAACGUAGCGGUCUUCAACACUCCGGAGCCCACUGUUGUGAGAGAGCCGCUCCACACGCGCACUGGCCACCACAGCCCGGUCAGUCUGCCCACCAAGACCUAUACCUCCAGUAGUGGGCGCUACGUCCACCCAGUCACAGGGAAGCCUCUGGACCCCAACUCCCCUCUGGCCCUGGCUCUGGCUGCACGGGACCGGGCCAUGAGAGAGCAGUCCCAGCCACUCCCGCUGAAGACCGAACCGCCUAAACCUGACCUGAACAAGCCUCUGUUCAUCGACACCAAGCUAAGGACCGGCAUGGGCACAAAUUUCUCCUCGACCGCCACCAUGGGUCGACCGGGCAGGGCGGGGCUUCGAAGGCAGAUGACAGAGGCAAAGUACGAGACAGAGUCCAAAUACGACCACCCGUUGGCCAAAGACAAGGACAAGAGUCUAUCCCGUCCUCAGAGAGAAGAGGAGAAGAAGAACAUGUUGAUAGACAUUGGUGACACGUCUCAGCAGAAGUCAGCUGGGUUGCUGAUGGUCCACACCACUGACGAGAACAACCUGUCUGUGGGGGAGAGGGACGGGGCGGUCAGUCCAGACAGCACCCCCAGUGAGCUCCGGGACCCCAACCAACCUAACACCCCCAAAAUGGCCUCCCCUAAUCCCCACAACCCCCACUCUAUGGGCCCUGGACCCAGAGGUAGUAAGACCAUGAUCACCGUCACCUCAGUAGACGAGCCGGUCAAACUACCCUUCAGUAUCCCCCCUCCACCCUGUGUUCCCUCCGUGGACAUCGACGAUGAGUUCUUUGCUGACCCACUGCCACCGCCGCUCGAGUUCGCCAACAGCUUCGACAUCCCAGAGGACCAAAAGGGGGCGAUCGCUGAGCUCCUGAAACAGCAACGAAAUGCUGGCAGGGCACCAUCAUCUCUAGCCCCCUUCUAUCCCUAUCACGGUAACACCCCAGGCCACCCUGACCAGACCAUGAUCAAACGGCCUGCGGUGCUCACCAACUGUACGCCCCCCUGCUUCCCCCACGCCCUCUUGGAGAGCUACGAUCCUAUCAGUGACUCGGGCAUUGAUGUGGAGCCGGACAGCCGCAGUAUUGGAGAUCCCCAGCUGGAGACUACAAGCACUAUGUCCACCGUAUCCAGUAUCUCCACGCUGUCGUCCGAGGGUGGCGAGGUGCUGGACAACACAUGUACAGUCUAUGCAGACAGACAGGCCUUUCUGGUGGACCGGACUUCAAAGUCAAGAACCAGGCAACCUGCAGCAAACAAGAGCAACGCACUUUACAAGGACCCUGCCUUGAUGGAUAGAGAGGAGAACAUAAGAACUUUCGCCGCACCUUCCUCCAUCCCACCGCCUCCCCCCGGGGCCAGGGUCUCCUCAGAGCCCCCCAGAACACCAACUCAAAGAACCUCCAAGCUAUGGGGAGACCCUCCAGGUUCUAACCCCCAGGACAUGCAGAACAAGGACAGGACACCAAAGCCAGGAGAGGGGAUAGACUCUUCUUCCUCAGGAUGUAGGACUGUUUUUGGAUCCAGGGGUCCGGACAGUGGGUCCCUCUCCUCAGGUACCACAGUCUCUUUUGCUGCCCAGCUCCCCCCGAUCGUGCCUGCCCCAUCUCCAAACCGACAGACAGAGAGCCCCUCCCACCACAGAGCCCCCAGCCCCAUCCUCUCUCCCCCAGACUCAGGCCUCGGCUGUGCCUCCUCUCUCCCUGCCACCUCUCCCACCCUAUCAGACGUGUUCGGCCUGCCCACCCCCCCUCUCAGCCUGGGCACGGGGAGCAGCCGCUCGCCCUCCCCCCUCACCCUCAUCCAGGCCGUCUCCAACAAGCCUUUUGCCACCAAGCCGGUUCCGAUGUGGAGCAAGCACGACGUGGCCGACUGGCUGGAGAGCCUAAACCUGGCUGAGCACAGAGACACCUUCAUGGACAACGACAUCGAGGGCAGCCACCUGCCCAGCCUGCAGAAGGACGACCUCAUAGACCUCGGGGUGACCAGGGUCGGACAUCGGAUGAACAUAGAGAGAGCUUUGAAACUUCUGAUGGACAGGAAUAUCCUCAUGUAUCCUGAAGAAAUUGCAACUUGAAACAGCACUGCAGUUUCCUGAAUAAGCAAGAAGGUCCCCCAGAGUGGGAUAGAGUGGUCCCAGGUGAGGCAGAGCUGCUCUGUCAGUAGGAAGGAAGGAAGUAGAUACGCGGGAUGUGGCUGUGAUAUGGAACAUACUACACUAUCAAACACAACAGCAGCUUAAUCGCUAUGGGAUUUACGGACUUCUGAAAUCAACCUCAUUUAAAUGCAUAACCAGAACCAGCUUCGUAGGGGUUUCAUUUUCUACUGUUUCUCAUUUAGAAAUUAUGCGGUGAAUAUCUUUUUAGGAGAAAGGGGAAAACAUUUACAGUAUGUAUGUGUACUUCUGCCUGUGAAAUUAAGCUUUCUCUCUCGCCCUUUUCACUGGGUUGUAGGUUGAUUUGAGAGACCGUACAGUGUAUUCUCAGACACAGACAUUUAUACCACAGAAAGGAAAUCAAAGAUUAAAAUAAUUUCUAAAUUGGUACAGUAGCAAAGUUGUUGCCCUUCAACCUUAUUUCAAUAGCUGUUUUACUACUGGUCAUGUUUACUUGAGGGUUUUAAACACAGUAUUGAAAAUGUUAAUUAAAUUGUUCAUAAAUCAUUAUACUGUCUUCCACAGGAAGCUGAACUGUGUGGCAACAGCUCCCCUUACUGUAGUCUCCUGAACAUGACAGGGCAGAGUGCUUGGCACUGGCAGUCAGGGCUUUCCAAUCGUUAUCAUCAACCGUCAUCCUUUCUUUCACAGUCUUCUAUGUCCUCUGAGAGGAAUAAUACAUACAUUAUCACAUUAGGUUAUUACUGUAUACCCUGAACUGAUGUUUAGGACUUUAGGAUUGAAGACACUAUCAGGAAUGAAUGACUCAGAGUUACAGGGUUGGGGUCAAUUCCAUUUCAAUUAAAGGUAGGGUCAGCGAUAUGACGUGGAUGCACAAAGUAAACAGCAUAGUGGGUCAAUUUUAUGCGACAUCUUAGAGUUAGAUUGCGACACUCAGCUUCUCUGCUGUUUUGGUCCUGUGGCUACCACGUUGUAAGUGCAUGAAUCGAACCAGAGCAUUUACAUUUACAUUUAAGUCAUUUAGCAGACGCUCUUAUCCAGAGCGACUUACAAAUUGGUGCAUUCACCUUAUGACACAUGCACAGAUACUGUGUGAGAGCGAAGUCUUGCAUCUUGCUCAUCGCAAUUUCUAAUUCUACAAUUUUUGCAACGAGAAGCAUUGUGUAAAAUUGGUAAUGCAAUUAAAGUUUACUUCCUGAAUUGAAAAGGAAUUUACCCCAACACUGCAAAGUAAGAAUGUUUUUGAAGACAGAUAUCAGAGAAGUGUAUGCACUAUGGGAAAAAGUAGGUGAACAAACACUAAACCUGGCAUCGGAAGGAGCAGAGUUCAACUUGUUUGGCAAGCAAAGAGAGACGCAGAUACCACUAGGAAUCAAUUUGGUAGGAAUGUUUACCUUUUGUGUAUGAUAAUUUAAGUAUUAGAGAUGUAUUUAAUCUAUGAUGGUGUUUUGAUGUGUUUUGUUAAUGAGAAAGACAUUUGUAUGCAUCCACAGAGCUCAAAACCCACUGGCCACAUACAUACGUUGAAUCAACGUUGUUUCCACGUCAUUUCAACCCCAAAAGCUAAGUGAUGACGUUGAAUCAACGUAGAAAAGUGAUUUGAAUUGAACAAAAAGUAAUCAACGUAAAGGAAUUUAGUAUUUUUAACUUUUAACCUAAAUCCAAUGACAUCAUGACAUUUUUGGUUGAUUUCACAUUAAAUUCAUGUUAGUCGACAACUCAACCAAAUGUAAAUCAAAGCUUUACAUUUGGUUGAGUUGAGCAUCAUUUCCCUCCAUGUUUUCAAGACAGGGUCUCUUCAUACUAUCACCAGUAAGUCCAAAAAGGCAGAGAUUCACUCAUCAUAACGUGAAUGAGUUUAAAAUGUAGUUUAUACACUUUCCACUGAGUUUGUCUGAAACGGGCUGAAGUUGUAUUUUCCACUGAGUUUGUCUGAAACGGGCUGAACUUGUAUUUUCCACUCAGUUUGCGUUGGGUUUAUAUUCCGGACCAGUUUAACAGUUUAAACUUCUUGGUAUUUGAAUUUCCCGAGUAAAUAAAUGUGGGUGCUAGCUAAAAUCCCAAUGACAGUAUUUAUGGAAGGUUAUUUUGGAUCUACAUGUGCAUGGGAUCUAUUGGUUUGAGAGGGGAUAAACUGACAACGAUAUGUCUGAUGACUGAUAUGCAUGACAUCACAGCAUUAAAGUUCUAGUCCGUAGAAGUAGUCCACAGAAACCGUAGAAAUAGAAUGAAUUAUAUUUCUAUGGUAAUGACUCCGACCAUCUUUGACAGUACUCUCUGUCGACUUGAGGGCACACUUUGAGAUGAGAUCUUAUGUUAAGAACCACAGGAACAAGAAGGAACACAGUAUUUUUGAUGAUGUAGAGAUAUUUAUCAUGAGGGUAUAUUCCUAUCUGUGUUGUCGCCAUAUCAACCCUGAGGUGUGGUUAGGUUUUCCGAAAAGCAGCGAAAUAUGGUUAAGAAGCAAUAUAAUAUACAUUCUGUUUCAAGUAGAUGUUAUUUUUAUUUUCCAGGUUAAUAAUUAUACAUGUAACAGGAUUAAGUCUCUAUUUUUAAAAUUGAUAUAAAUAAUUGUGUUAUCAUCCAUAUUCCUAUAGAGCAUAUUUCAAAUCUUUUAGCAAUUGAUAGUCACAUGUUUUGACUAAGCCUCUGUAAUUAUUUAAUUAUUAAUUAUUAAAAGCUGAUAUAAAUUGAUAUUUGCAUAGUUUGUGCAUCAUGUAUGUAUACUAUGAAGAUACUCAGGCUGUACCUGUCUUCACUAUUUGCUAUAGGAAAUGUUACUUGACCAUGAGAAAAACACACCACUGAAUGGGACUGCUGAUGUACAGUUGAUGGCUGCACAUUGCACUGAGGCCAAGCACAGACCUAUUACAGUGAAGCUGACUAGACCUAUUACAGUGAAGCUGACUAGACCUAUUACAGUGAAGCUGACUAGACAUAGUAGUGGAGCUGACUAGACAUAGUAGUGAAGCUGACUAGACAUAGUAGUGAAGCUGACUAGACCUAUUACAGUGAAGCUGACUAGACAUAGUAGUGGAGCUGACUAGACAUAGUAGUGAAGCUGACUAGACAUAGUAGUGGAGCUGACUAGACAUAGUAGUGAAGCUGACUAGACAUAGUAGUGGAGCUGACUAGACAUAGUAGUGGAGCUGACUAGACAUAGUAGUGAAGCUGACUAGACAUAGUAGUGGAGCUGACUAGACAUAGUAGUGGAGCUGACUAGACAUAGUAGUGGAGCUGACUAGACAUAGUAGUGGAGCUGACUAGACCUAUUACAGUGAAGCUGACUAGACAUAGUAGUGGAGCUGACUAGACAUAGUAGUGGAGCUGACUAGACAUAGUAGUGAAGCUGACUAGACAUAGUAGUGAAGCUGACUAGACAUAGUAGUGGAGCUGACUAGACAUAGUAGUGGAGCUGACUAGACAUAGUAGUGAAGCUGACUAGACAUAGUAGUGAAGCUGACUAGACAUAGUAGUGGAGCUGACUAGACAUAGUAGUGGAGCUGACUAGACAUAGUAGUGAAGCUGACUAGACAUAGUAGUGAAGCUGACUAGACAUAGUAGUGGAGCUGACUAGACAUAGUAGUGAAGCUGACUAGACAUAGUAGUGAAGCUGACUAGACAUAGUAGUGAAGCUGACUAGACAUAGUAGUGGAGCUGACUAGACAUAGUAGUGAAGCUGACUAGACAUAGUAGUGGAGCUGACUAGACAUAGUAGUGAAGCUGACUAGACAUAUAUAGUGAAGCUGAUUAGACAUAUAUAGUGAAGCUGACUAGACAUAUAUAGUGAAGCUGAUUAGACAUAUAUAGUGAAGCUGAUUAGACAUAUAUAGUGAAGCUGAUUAGACAUAUAUAGUGAAGCUGAUUAGACAUAUAUAGUGAAGCUGACUAGACAUAUAUAGUGAAGCUGACUAGACAUAUAUAGUGAAGCUGACUAGACAUAUAUAGUGAAGCUGACUAGACUUAGUAGUGAAGCUGACUAGACAUAUAUAGUGAAGCUGACUAGACACAUAUAGUGAAGCUGACUAGACAUAUAUAGUGAAGCUGACUAGACAUAGUAGUGAAGCUGACUAGAUAUAUAGUGAAGCUGACUAGACAUAGUAGUGAAGCUGACUAGACCUAGUAGUGAAGCUGACUAGACCUAUCUAGUGAAGCUGACUAGACCUAUCUAGUGAAGCUGACUGGACCUAUCUAGUGAAGCUGACUGGACCUAUUAUAGUGAAGCUGACUGGACCUAUUAUAGUGAAGCUGACUGGACCUAUUUAAGUGAAGCUGACUGGACCUAUUAUAGUGAAGCUGACUGGACCUAUUAUAGUGAAGCUGACUGGACCUAUUAUAGGGAAGCUGACUGGACCUAUUAUAGUGAAGCUGACUGGACCUAUUAUAGUGAAGCUGACUGGACCUAUUAUAGUGAAGCUGACUGGACCUAUUAUAGUGAAGCUGACUGGAUCUAUUAUAGUGAAGCUGACUGGAUCUAUUAUAGUGAAGCUGACUGGAUCUAUUAUAGUGAAGCUGACUGGAUCUAUUAUAGUGAAGCUGACUGGAUCUAUUAUAGUGAAGCUGACUGGACCUAUUAUAGUGAAGCUGACUGGACCUAUUAUAGUGAAGCUGACCGGACCUAUUGUAGUGAAGCUGACUGGACCUAUUAUACUGAAGCUGACUGGACCUAUUAUAGUGAAGCUGACUGGACCUAUUAUAGUGAAGCUGACUGGACCUAUUAUAGUGAAGCUGACUGGACCUAUUAUAGUGAAGCUGACUGGACCUAUUAUAGUAAA